AUAAUAUAAUAUUCACAAAUAAAUAGCAAUGAGAUAGGCUCUCACUUCAAAAAAACCAAAACCAACCAACCAAGAAUGAUCGCCACAAUCCUCCUUCUCAUCACCAUCUUCCUCUAUCUCAGGCUUAGAGCCACCUUCUUCUCCUCCGCGGAGGCCAAAAACCUUCCUCCGGGGCCGCUGGGGGUCCCAUUUAUAGGCCAGAGCCUAAGCCUUCUUCGAGCCAUGCGAGCAAACUCGGCCGAGCAAUGGCUGCAGCAGAGAGUGGCCAAGUAUGGGCCAAUUUCGAAGAUGACCCUUUUCGGGAAACCGACGGUGUUUGUACAUGGGGUGGCGGCGAACAAGGCGGUGGUGUUUUCGGGGGAGGAGGAGGCAGUGUCGAACAGGCAGACGGAGUCGUUGAGGAGGAUCUUGGGAGAGAGGAAUUUGACGGAGUUGAGUGGUGAGGAUCAUAAGAGGGUUAGAGGGGCAUUGGUUUGGUUCUUGAGGCCUCAGAGCUUGAAAGGGUUUGUGGGGAAGAUGGAUGGGGAAGUUAGGAAGCAUUUAAACUUGCAUUGGCAUGGCAACAAGGAAGUCAUUGUAGCGCCAUUGAUGAAAACGCUAACCUUUGACAUCAUAUGCUCUCUCCUGUUUGGGAUUGAAGAAGGGCCAACAAGAAAGAGCAUAAUAGAAUGCUUCAAAACAAUGGUGGAUGGGAUUUGGUCUGUUCCAAUCAACCUGCCAUUCACAAGGUACAGCCAUAGCCUCAACGCAAGUGCAAAAGUUCAACAGAUACUGAAGCAGCUUUUGAAGGACAAGGCACAAAAAAUGGAAGAAGAAGAAGAAGAAAAGGAAGAGGAUAAGAACCUGAUUACUUGUCUGCUUAGCAUCAAGAACAAAGACAAAGAACAAGCUUUGAGUGAGGAGGAAAUUGUGCACAAUAUCAUCCUUCUAUUGAUUGCUGGACAUGACACAACAUCCAUUUUGAUUACUCUUAUGCUUAGGGUUAUGGCUACAAACCCAACUGUUUAUGCAGCUGUUCUUCAAGAACAUGAAGACAUACAUAGAAGCAAAGAAUGUGGGGAGGCCCUCACUUGGGAAGAUGUUUCCAAGAUGAAGUACACAUGGAGAGUAGCAUUGGAGACUUUGAGACUUUUCCCACCUGUGUUUGGAGGGUUUAGAGUGGCUCUUAAAGACAUUCAAUUAGGUGGAUACACUAUUCCAAAAGGAUGGCAAAUAUUUUGGGCGGCAUCAAUGACCCAUUUGGACGAGAAAAUAUUCACAGACCCACAAAAGUUCAAACCAAGUAGAUUUGAUCAGAACCAGACGUCCAUUCCACCACCCUUAUCUUUCAUCGCAUUUGGUGGAGGACCCAGAAUUUGCCCUGGCUAUGAGUUUGCAAAGCUUGAAACUCUUGUCACAAUUCAUUACAUAAUCACUCAGUUCACUUGGAAGCUCUCUUCACAAGACUUCUUGACCAGAGAUCCAAGCUUGAUGCCCAACAAAGGGUUACCCAUUCAACUUUACCCCAAAUUAUGAACAAACUUAGCACGAAUCGACUAGUCUUGGGUGACUUGUAAUGUAAUAUUCUAUACUUUAUUUCUAGGUUUAAUCUUGUCUUUUAUGUACAUCGUUAUGUUUUCA